UCCUGGCAUGGUCACGUGAUCGUCCAACAUGGCCGCGCCUUGGAGCGAGUUAUGAGUUAUGCAGGCGAGUUUAAAUGACAGUUGAAGAGCUGCAGGUCGCGACAGACAUCCCCAGAGAGAGACAGCGGAGCGCCUGAGAAACCCUGAGACCUCCUCAGCCCUGCCGACAUGAGUAAGGCCGACUUAAUCCUCCCCAAAGACUUCCCUCAGCUCCAGAAUGACACAUUCCUACGAGCAGCACGAGGAGAGGAAACUGAACAUGUCCCAGUCUGGUGUAUGAGACAGGCUGGAAGAUACCUACCAGAGUUUCGUGAGGCCAGAGCAGGGAAGGACUUCUUUGAGACAUGUCGGUCACCAGAGGCCUGCUGUGAGCUCACGUUGCAGCCUCUUAGACGUUUUCCGUUUGAUGCUGCCAUCAUCUUCUCUGACAUCCUAGUUGUCCCACAGGCUCUGGGUAUGGAUGUCCAGAUGGUGGCAGGUAAAGGUCCUACUUUCCCGGAGCCCCUGAAGGAGCCAGAAGACCUGCAGCGUCUGCGGGCGAAAGUGGACGUGGGCAAGGAGCUGGGCUACGUUUUCAAAGCCAUCACUCUGACCAGACACAAGAUUGAGGGCAAAGUGCCGCUCAUAGGAUUCACUGGAGCUCCGUGGACGUUGAUGUCCUACAUGAUAGAAGGCGGAGGCUCUAACACCCAUUCCAAGGCGAAGCGUUGGCUGUACCGGCACCCAGAGGCCAGCCACAUGCUGCUGAAGAUGCUGACGGAUGUGAUAGUGGAGUAUCUGCUGGGACAGGUGGCAGCUGGAGCCCAGGCUCUGCAGGUGUUUGAGUCCCACGCUGGCAUUUUGGGUCCAGUGGAGUUUAAAGACUUCUCUCUGCCUUACCUUCGAGACAUCGCUCGCCGCGUCAAAGAUAAACUCAAGGAGGACGGACAGGACGUCCCUAUGAUUGUGUUUGCAAAGGAUGCUCACUACGGUCUAGAGGAUCUGUCUCAGUCUCAUUAUGAGGUGGUCGGACUGGACUGGACUAUUGACCCACGAUCAGCAAGGGAGCGCACAGGAGGGAAGGUUAGCCUGCAGGGAAACAUGGACCCUUGUGCUCUCUACGCUCCAAAGGAUCGUAUUUCAGGCAUCGUGAAGAAGAUGGUGGAGGGUUUCGGCACAAGGGGCUACAUUGCCAACCUGGGCCACGGCCUUUACCCCGACAUGGACCCGGAGAACGUCGGCGCCUUUGUCGAAGCUGUGCACCAACACUCAAAACGGAUGAUCAAACAAAUGUAAAGAUUAAUCCUGUCUGCCUGUGUGUAAGCCAAACAAAACUGAUGUUAAUGAUGAUACAAUGUAUAAUAAUGCAUUAUUUUAUUAAAAACUGUUAAAAGUUGUAAGUUA